GCAUGCGCCCCUUUGAGCGACGGAUAAAUGAGCUUGCUAAGCUGAGCUUGAGAGGGCCAACGAUAUGUGUUUGGCUCUUCACUUAGAUUUCUUGUUUUUGUCAUUAGGGAUUCCCGAUGCGAUCAACUUGUGCCGCUCGGUGUUGACGCUUUCGAAUUUGCUACCCCUUAUAUUGGAUAUGACACGUGAAGUAACUGAGGGCUGAGGAAGACAAAUGUGAUUCAUUCUCCUUCAAAUGCUGAAUUCCAAUUUCGCCUCCGGCACUUUUCGCCAAUUCUGCUGUAGAAGACAAAUAACGUUACACGAUGUAGAACUUUCAACUUCAACAACUAUGCGUUUGAAAAGUGUAUGAAACACUUGAGACCAAGAUUAUAUUAUAACAAUAACGAUAGUACAUAUAAUAAAAAACAUGAACUCAAGAAUCAAAGGCACUCAAGAAGAAAGGAGAUUAAGGCACGCUUCAUACUGAAUGUUCAACAAACUCGAGAACAAACAAAGCAAAGAGUAGAAAAAAUUAAAAGAAAUGUUCAACAGACCAAACAAAAAGUAGAAGAAAUCAUAGAAAGAGAAAAUAUUUAUACUAUUCCAAAUUUUUUAUGUAUAGGAAGAAUAUUAUCAACUCCUUUUUUGGGCUAUUUGAUUGUAUCACAAGAUUAUGAGAUAGCUUUGUGGUUACUUGGUUUUGCUGGUUUUACCGACUUAGCUGAUGGAUGGGUUGCACGGACAUGGACUUCACAAGCUUCAAAGCUUGGUAGCUUUCUUGAUCCAGUUGCUGAUAAACUAUUGGUUGGCACAAUGUUUCUUACAUUAACAUGGGUUGGAUUGAUCCCCAUACCUCUCACAUGUCUAGUAGUUCUAAGAGAUAUUACUUUAAUAGCUGGAGCAUCUUAUGUUCGUUAUAAAUCAUUACCUCCACCAAAAACAUUGGUAAGAUACUUUGAUGCAACACAUGCUACAGCACAGUUGGCUCCAACAUUUAUAAGUAAGCUGAACACAGGCAUUCAAUUAUUAUUAGUAGCUGGAACAUUAGCAGCUCCAGUAUUUCAAUUUGUGGACCAUCCAGUUCUCCAAGGACUUUGCUAUCUCACUGCAUUUACAACAAUUGCUGGUGGUGCAAGCUACUUAGUAUCAAAGAAUACUUAUAAAAUGCUAUCAAGGAAUAGUAGUUCAGUAAAGCAGUCCUCUUGUAAAAAUGAGAAUUAA